AUGAUAAAAUGUCCGAAAAAACAAUCGAAGCAGUUGAAAGAAUUGAAGCGGCCACUAAAAAUCCAAACUUGGCGAAAACUUGUCAGCAUAUUAGGGAUACCUUUGAAACCAGUAUUUUCUCAUUUCAACAAUGAUAUUUGUAAUGAUUCCGAAAAAACUAACCAUUUAGAAUUUUCCAUUGUCUUGGCAACGCUAUGUGAUCAUCCUGAUAUACUACAAUAUGCUCUCAAAUAUUUUCAAAUUAAUCCUGUGCCACCAUUUGAGGUGUUCAUACACCAUGAGGAUUCAUAUAAUGUUGCACCAAAAAAACGAAGACUCCUGGAUUGCCGGCAAAAGAUCACAGACUAUAGAAUUGUGAAUUGCUGUUAUACACUGUUGUCAAAAUUACCUAAUGAGUUCUCAUCAAAAUGGGACUGGACAAACUUUGUCACCAACUUUUGUCAUCAUGAAAAUGUUGAAAUAAGAUGGAUGGUAAAAGAAUGUAUGGCUAUAUUAACAAAUAUGACAGAAGCUCAAUCCAAUAUAUUAAGAAAUAUUCUUAAUAUAUCCCAGCCAGAAUGUUUGGAAAUUAAUCAGACUAAUAAAAAUGUAGUAACAUUGGUGAAUGAAGAAAGUUUAACAGAUAUGAACUUAAACACUACUAGUGUUAUAAAUAUAGAUGGUAUUAUGUUACCAAUUUACAACAACAAUAAUGUACAGCCAAGUUGCCUUGUUCCUGUAAAGUCUACUGUAAGUAAUUUAAGAAGCAUAGCACUUGCCGUAGCCUCAGGCCAAGCACUUUCUUUGAUGGGACCGGUGGGAUCAGGGAAAACAUGCCUUGUGGAGUAUUUAGCUGCAAUAACGGGCCGAAAAGGGUCUGCCUUUAAGAAGAUCCAAUUAGGCGAUCAAACUGACUCCCGAAUGUUGCUUGGAUCUCAUCAAUGUACUGAUGUACCUGGUGAAUUUAUAUGGAGUCCUGGAGUUCUGACAGAGGCUGUACAAAAUGGCCAUUGGCUGCUUUUAGAAGAUAUUGACUGUGCAGCUUUAGAUGUUGCAUCCACACUUAGCUCGCUUUUAGAAAGGAAUACACUUUGUGUGCCUGGGUAUAGAGAUGCAUUGCCAGUUACACCAGGUUUUCAAUUGUUUGUUACACAAAGGACAGUGACAACAAACUAUGGUUUCCAAAAGAAGAUGUUGGAGUUAGCAAAGAAAGUGGGUACCUGCCUGGGAAUUGUAGAAACUAAAUCGGAAUUUUAUUGCAAACAUUACAAACCUAAAGUCUCUUUGAAUCCAUCAUCCCUAGAUGUUGGCCGAGCCAAAGUGCCUAGAGUGGAAAAAAGCUUAGAAACAAUCAACUUUGAUAUUAAACAGGAAGUGUUCUCAUUCACAAGGCAAUCUGCCUGUUUGCUUGAGCGCAUCGCGUGCUGUGUCACAGCUAAUGAACCGGUGCUUCUGGUCGGAGAAACCGGUACUGGAAAAACCUCCUCAGUACAAUAUCUGGCGCGGCAAACAGGUCAUAAGUUGGUAGUGAUCAAUAUGAAUCAACAAUCUGACUCCGCAGAUUUGCUCGGCGGCUACAAACCCGUCGAUCUGAAAUUCGUAAUACGACCUAUAAAAAAUGAGUUUCUCGAACUAUUCAGAGGUUUCUACAACACAGAUAAGAAUCAGAGGUUCCUCGGCCACAUAGAAACUUGCUACGAAACAGAGAAUUGGACGGCACUUGUCGCUUUGAUGAAACAAAGCCACAAAGCCGCUGUUAAUCGCUUGUCUAAAGAAAUAGUAGAGAAUAAAUUGAAACGUUGGCUAACCUUCGGCCACAAACUUGCUAAGUUGGAGCAACAAGUGAAAUCAGCUACUAGGCUGACGUUUGCUUUCAUAGAGGGCUCUUUGGUGAAAGCAAUGCAAGAAGGUCAUUGGGUGCUGUUGGAUGAGAUUAAUUUAGCCUCAGCCGAAAUAUUGGAAUGUUUGGCCGGUCUGUUAGAGGACAAAAAUGAAAGCAUCGAUUUAUUGGAAAAGGGCGACAAGGUACCCAUUAAGCGUCAUCCAGAUUUCACCUUGUUCGCCUGCAUGAACCCACCUACGGAUGUGGGUAAGAAAGACUUACCCGUUGGUUUGAGGAAUCGUUUCACCGAGUUUUUCGUCGACGAACUGACCGAAAGGAAUGAUUUGAUACUUCUUAUCGGGGAAUAUUUGUAUCAUAUGAACUUAAGUGGUGCCAUUCUAGAAGCUAUUUACAAUUUUUACUCUACUGUUAAAAAAGAAGCCAAAUUGAACUUAAUCGAUGGAGCUGGUAACGCCCCGCAUUAUUCUCUGAGAACUUUGUGUCGAGCGUUGACGGCAGCUGCCAAAGCGAAAUGUGGAACAGUGGCUAGGUCUCUGUAUGAAGCAUUCUGCCUAUCAUUUCUUACUCAACUAGAUCGCUCGUCGCACCCAAAAGUAGAGUCUAUGGUGGCGAGAGCCGUCAUAGGCAAAAAGAACAUAAGAAGUGUAUUGAACCAAGCUAUACCCGAGCCUCAAGUUCCAGGGAAAAACUACUUGCUUUUUGAAGGUCAUUGGAUUCCACAAGGAAAGUUAGAUAUCGACAUUCCAGACGGAUAUAUUUUAACCCCUACAGUACGGAAGAAUCUAAGAGACAUAGCCCGUAUAGUGUCACUAGGGCGUUUGCCCAUUUUACUGCAGGGCGAUACUUCUGUGGGGAAAACGUCACUUAUCACUUACGUUGCUAGGGCUUCUGGAAAUUACUGCGUGAGAAUCAAUAACCAUGAACACACUGAUUUGCAAGAGUACAUUGGAUCGUAUGCGACGGACUCGAGCGGCAAUCUCGUUUUUAAAGAAGGUGUACUGGUAGAGGCUAUGAGGAAGGGCUAUUGGAUCAUCCUGGAUGAAUUGAAUUUAGCGCCUAGUGAUGUGCUCGAGGCUCUUAACCGUGUUCUUGAUGACAAUCGCGAGUUAUUCAUACCGGAGACGCAGGAAGUCGUCAAAGCUGACCCCAAUUUCAUGCUCUUCGCCACACAAAACCCCCCCGGCCUGUACGGUGGGCGAAAAAUGUUAUCCAGGGCGUUCCGAAACAGGUUCGUUGAGCUCCACUUUGACGAAAUCCCGAGGAGUGAACUGGAGACCAUUCUGCACCAGAGAUGCCAUGUUCCCCCCACUUACAGCAAAAAGAUGAUCGCCGUAAUGGCCGAUUUGCAAGUCAGGCGAAGGGGUUCCGCUGCAGUACAAGGAAAGGAUGGCUUUAUCACCCUGAGGGACCUAUUCAGGUGGGGAAACAGGUAUAAACAUGUUUCAAAAGAAGUGCUGACUACCGAUAAGUUUUACGAUUGGGACCAACACAUCGCCGAUGAAGGCUACCUAAUAUUGGCCGGCAAAGUUCGUCAGGCGGACGAAAGAUUCAUUAUAGAGGAGGUAAUUGAAAAACAUAUCAAACGGAAGGUAAGCCCGGAGAAUUUGUUCAGCCUACACCAGAAUACGUCACCCGUAACGAAAAACAUUCUGGAGAUAAUACUCAACAACAAUCUAGCCGAGUUCUCGCAUGUCGUGUGGACUUAUAACAUGAGGAGAUUGGCCGUCUUGAUCGCUAAAGCGUUUGUGUUUGACGAACCCGUGUUGCUUGUCGGUGAAACUGGAUGCGGGAAGACCACCAUAUGUCAAGUGCUGGCGGCCAUCAGCAAUCGAAAACUGCUUUCGGUGAAUUGCCACAUGCACACGGAGAGUUCCGAUUUCCUGGGAGGUCUUCGGCCGGUGCGGCAGUACAAUAACGACGGCAGACUCUUUGAAUGGGUAGACGGACCGCUAAUUUCGUCUAUGGAGAAUGGUCACAUGUUCUUGGCCGAUGAAAUUUCAUUAGCCGAUGACAGUGUUUUGGAACGACUGAACUCUUUACUAGAACCCGAAAGGCAAUUGGUGUUAGCCGAGAAAGGGAUGGAAGACGGAGCGGAUAUUCUCGUCGUAACUGCCGCUAAAAAUUUUCACUUCAUUGGGACCAUGAAUCCCGGCGGGGAUUUCGGCAAGAAAGAGCUGUCGCCCGCCCUGCGGAAUAGAUUCACCGAAAUUUGGUGUGACAGUGUCACAUCCAGAGAGGAUCUCCUGAAAGUCCUGGAGAAGAGCGUCGAGAAAGGCAUUGCUUUAGGCAACCAAGAGGAUGGCACUUCCGGCAUCGGCAGUUUCAUAUUGGAUUUCACGAGUUGGUUGAAAAGUUCUGAAGUUACGAACAAGUUCCCGUUCAGUAUACGUGAUUUAUUGUCGUGGAUUCAAUUCAUAAAUGUGUCUGUUGCAAAGAGGCUUCUGGAUGUCCCUGAAGCAUACGUGCAUGGGGCGUGUAUGACGUUCUUGGACUGCUUCGGGACGGCGUUGACUGGACACGUUGACCUUGAAGCUCUGGCUACUUUAAGGAAAUCGGCCGUUGAGUUCUUGCUGAGACAGAUUAGAGCAAUCGAUAACGAAUACGAAGAGGGCCUAAAAGACUUCCUGAAUUCAAAAUCUUCAAUCUUAAGCGCCGAAUGUGACGGUGUUAAAUUCGGCAUAAAACCAUUUUUCAUCGAUGUUGGAAAUCACAUAAAAGAAACCGAUGUAGAACGGAAAUUUACGUUCACUGCACCAACGACAGCGUCGAACACACUAAGAUUAUUACGGGGUCUGCAAUUGAAUAAAGCCAUUCUUUUGGAAGGAAAUCCAGGAGUCGGAAAGACUAGUUUAGUCACAGCAUUGGCAAAGUCUUCAGGCCACAAAGUGGUUCGCAUCAAUUUAAGUGAUCAAACUGACAUUACAGACUUAUUCGGAACGGACCUUCCCGCUGAAGACGGAUCAUUUGUUUUCAAAGAAGGAGCCUUUUUGAGUGCUCUUCAAAAUGGAGAUUGGAUAUUGCUAGAUGAACUUAACUUAGCCCCGCAACCGGUUUUAGAGGGUUUAAACGCCUGUUUAGAUCACAGAGCCGCUGUGUUAGACAGGCUUAACGGGCUACUGGAACCAGACGGUGUUCUCAGCAUACCCGAGCGAGGAGAGAUUAGCGAGAUAAAGCCACAUCCAAAUUUCCGAGUGUUUUUCACGAUGGAUCCCAAGUAUGGCGAAAUCUCGAGGGCAAUGAGGAACCGGGGCGUGGAGCUAUUUCUCCUACGGUGCGAUGAUUGGGAAACCAGUUUAUCUGAGACUAUGCCAUAUCUGGACUUAGUAGCACUGCUCUCCUCUAGUGGUCUUCCCGAACAGUAUUAUUCCGUAUGCAUUAAGUGUCAUGAACUGAUGACUGAAUUUAUUCAAGGUCUCGAGCGACCAACUAUAUCCCAUUUAAUACAAGCCUCGCAUCUGAUAUGGCAGCAACUCGUCCGAGGCAUAUCGUGCAGAAGCGCACUGCUGAAUAGUUUCUCCGAUGUCUACAUAAAACCGAGAACGGGCAGUGAUUUCGUAACCAACGUGAACGUUUCGUUAGCCGAGAUGAAGAAUACUAUGUUGAAAGCCUUAGAGAAGGAACUAGAGAGUGCGGAACAUUGUGAAAUUUAUUCAAACGAUUUGAUUCACACUUUGUCGGUAAAAGGAUUAUGUACGAACUCCGCCUACGAAAUCGCAAAUCAGAUAGCGUUCCCGGCGAUACGUCAUUCUCGCCCAACCAAAUCAAUCGACGAUCUACAUUCCCUCUUCAAUAUACUAGUCGCUUACCAAAAAGCUCCCAGUCAAAUUUUGCAAGUUCUACACAACACGAUAAAGAAAUACGUGAACUGUGGGGAAAAUAACGAUACAACGUCUUUGAUUAAUAAACUAAACGAAACGGCGUAUGAUCACGUAAAACGUAACAACAGAAAUUUGUUGAACCAUAAGAGAUUCUACCCGGAAUCCGAACAGCAGAAUACUAAACACGCACACGAAUCGAAUUCAGCUUUUGUUUUGUUCUAUAACGAGUUACUUAUGGUUUUCAACAAAACAAUGCACAUCGAGAACAAUUUUUCAGCAUUUGAGUAUUCAAAAGCUGUGCUCUCCAAAGACAUGAUAGACGACUUUGUCGAGUAUCCAAUAUUGAAGUCUUGUACAGUCUAUCUUAAACGCGUUGACGAAGAAAUCGUGAGGGCUCUCAAUCUAGCAAAUGAUUCGUGUAACGACGAAAUUGUUUGCAAAGUCCUUCAGCUUUUGAACUGGCGGAGUCGCUUCGUAAAGAUCUGUCUGAUGCCUAUUUUCGUCAACGCGAAAAACAAAAGAGCACCGGUCUUAAAAGAGGAAAUCAUACCAUUGCUUAGUGUGCAUAAUAAAUGGUUGCAGAAGUACUUACUUAAGGAAUUGUUCAAGCUACCAGCCAAUCACAAUGGAUUGGAAAAGUUCAAUGCUGAUAUGAAAAAGCUGAAUUUAACCGAUCAAAACGAUUCUCUGACAAUGCUCAAGCUCAGCAAAAAGUUGAGGAAGUUAUACGGUCAACCAAAAUUAUACGAAAAUGAAAUGGAACAGCAUCUCUGCAUUCAAAGAGCCGAAAUAUUCAAAUCUCUGACCUUAGAUAUGGGUCAACCCAUUCAUAGGCAGUUCCCAAAAAUGUAUUCAACCGUUUCACCUGCCAUAGAUCCCUCUAUUAUUAUGGAUAUUCCUGAGAACAGUAUUUUAAAUAUGAUUAAUGAUACCUUGAAAUCUCAAGAGAAUACAGCUUUAGUGCAAAUGUCGCAUGUGAAACUUUUGCCCAUACACUUGUAUGUGAUGCAGCGCAUGCUUUGCCUAAUAAGAUCGGAUUUAUUGAACAUUGUGGGCAAAUUAAAUUCAAAUGAUGGAAGUAAUGGAUUAUCGAACCAUUUCAAAGAUGUGCUGGAAUAUUUUGUUAAUAUUGGCAGGGAAAUUAAAGGAUUUCCACCAGCACUAUUACAUCUGCUAAGAUUAAUUUUAUUUAUUUUACUAAAGAAAGAAGAAGUAAACUAUCCGAGUAUAUCUUCUAUACCUGUGAGGAUAAUGGAUGAAUUAUACAAAAUGCUCGUCCAUUCACCAGUGGUGUAUCCUCUUCCUUUCUUAAAUCCAACAACAGUACUCCCAGAAGAUACGACCCAAGACAUUCCUGCGAACACCAAGAGAAUGUCAACUAAUCUACCUCUGAUGCCCUUCUAUGUUCAAAAGUUAACUAUUUCGGCAGGUGACAAGGGCUCCCGGCACAUUUUGGCAUAUGAAUCGGUGUCAUUGAAGGAUCGAGUUGAAUAUUCUAUGCAGUUAGGCAGUGUCCUCAACAUCCUUUGGAAGAAUAUAGGGGCAUUAGAUACAGCUGCUCUUUUAAAACUGAAAUCCGACUUCGAGUUCGAAACGAAAAAAUUUGAACAGCUGAUGAAUCACAUUAAAUCUUUUUUACGUGACAGACUGCGUAUCGAUCCGAACUCCACCGUUACCCACAUAACAGAGACGCACAUUAGGGAGUAUUUCGAAAACGACGCUACCUUCGUCGAUAUUAUAACUAAAUCCUCUCAAGCGUACGAGGACCUCGAAAAACUCAUGAGAGAAAGUUCUCGAAGCGACGAAUCGAAGAUUAAGGCGAGGAUACUGACCGCCAAACUGUCUGUACUGACGAGCUUCGCGUUCGUCAAAGUAAUGGCCGAAAUAAGCCCAAUCGACCACGUGGAGAAACACCGCCUAAAAGUGCAAUACAUAGAAGACGACGUGAAGAUGUUCGAUACGCUGCUCAGCGUGUAUUACAUACAGGGUGUUGUUUCCGGAUGCAUUUUAGAGAGUGGCAACAUCGAAAGCAGCUCGCAGGUCCCCGUUCGGAGCUUGGCCGAUAAUAAGGAAAGGCUGGAUAGAGUACAUCCCUAUUGCACUAUUCUCGCUGAAUUGAAGGAUAAAACCGCCAAAGGGGUGCUUAAGUACGCGUCUGGCAAUACUUUCCGACCAAACGAACCCUCGUACGGUAGUUUCGCGAAGGAUUGCAAGCACUUCACGAAAUCUGUACUAUCCGAGAGAACCACCACAGCGAUAUGCACGAACCUGAUCGAGAUAUGCGAACACCUUUACGACAGUUCGCAAUCCGGUAGGGUCGACAAAAACGUCACGAAGAGAGCGAAAACGGUCUUCAGGGAAACCGCGUCUUGGUUGCACUCGGUUGGCGCGUUCUAUAUGAACGUGGAGAAGACGUAUUCCGAAGCGUUCCCCGACCUGGCGAAGCCGCUGCUGCUGUCUGUAUCGCAGAUAAUAUAUAGCGUCACCAACUUGAACGAUAUCGCCAGGGAGAUGGCCGCUAGAGUCGAACAAGGCGCCCUAAUUAGCACUGUGACCGGGCUCAUGUUGUACCCGACUUUGAUUCCCGCCAAAGAAAGCAGGGAGAGGUAUCUGAACAGAUUUGUGACGUCAUCGUUCAUGCAAAUACUGAAGAGGGGCGCGGUGACCUGUGACGAGGACUUGUUCAGCGCCGAAGUAGAGUGCUUGGAGGCCUUAAAAAUGAAUUUGUCGGAGCUAAAUAUGCAUUGUACGGCCAUGGAGCGCGUCGACAAAGUGACUUUCGAUGCGAUCCUGAACACUUUGGACUCUAUAGUAAGCGCUUGGGAGAAUCAGAGGCGUGAAAUGGAGAAAAAGAAAAUAGACGAUGAAGCGCUAUACGUUACAAAGUCUAAAUGCGAAGAUGAGGACGAGGAGACGAUUGCACAGGAGGAAAUAAGAGAAAUGUUCCCGUCAUUCUCCGAUACGGAUUUCGCGGAGUUCAAACCCGUGACUUUAGAGCAAAAGAAAUCAAAGACUGUAAGUGAGGGGAAGAAGAAAGACAAACAGCUGAUCACCAGCGAAGACGUGUCACUUAUAUACAAAUGGCAUUCGAGUUUUGUACGCAACAUGACUACAGCGGAAUGGCUACCCAGCCCAAAGAAAUUGGUGGGCAACGACGUUAUCAGCCCUUUACUGAUGAGGUAUCCCAUAUUUAGUCGGCUAGUAGACGACGCUUGGGAGGCGUUGGACGCUGAAUUCGAAGGUGCGAUUUCGCCAAGUAUGAUGGUACUCGUGUCCCAUAUAAAGGAGAAAGUGGACGGGAAUGAUUCGUCUAAUCAAAAGAUCGACUUCUAUCGCUCAGCGUGGGUUUCUGAAACGAGACAGUGUCUGCCCUUGUUGCAAAGAGUGAAAGAGAAGACCAAUGAGUUGCUUGACCAGUGGCCCGAUUUCCCAACACUGAAAGAUAUCAUCGUGAUCGCGGAUAGAAUAUUGGACUUCUCGAUCACCAGUCCCGUGUCUCGCUUCCUCACCGGCCUGGAGCUGCUCCGGGAUAAGAUCGAGGAGUGGAACAAGAACGCGCACAAAGGGAACAACAUGAUCGACAUCUCCCUGGAGGUCGGUCAGCAGAUCGUCAACUGGAGGAAGCUGGAGAUGUCCCACUGGAAGGAGUGCUUGAACAACUUAUAUGCGAGAAAACAAGCUGAAGCCCACAAAUACUGGUUUUAUUUGUACUCUGUUGUUAAUUCCUACUUGGAAAUUCGCUCUGAUGAGUCGCCCGUAAAGGAACCCAUCUCAGCUGCAAGAGUUAUAUCGGUUCUGAAAGAUUUCAUGGAGAUAUCGAAUUUGGCGGAAUACGAAGUGAGGCUAGACAUCAUAUACAUAUACCAUUGCCACUUAGUUCAUCUGGAACCGAGCCCAAGAAGAGAUGAGUUGCUAUCUAUCUUGUGGAACACCUACAAUUACUAUUCCCAGUUUGCACCCCAAAUUGCCAAUGUAAUCAAAGAGAAGCGCGCACCCAUAGAGAAAAAACUCCGAGACUUUGUUAAGAUCUGCUCUUGGGACAGGGAUCUCAGCUAUUGGAGUGUUAAAGACACAGUUGAAAAGGCGCAUAAGGCUCUGCAUAAGCACACCAAGGAGUUUGAGACUGUUCUGAAGGAGGGCGUGUCGAGUUGGCUGGUGGAUUACUCUUCCGACACCCGUACCGAUCACGUGGGAAUCUGGGACCGCCCUAAGCGUGCCACGGGCGCCAACCCACUCGCCGGUGGCGCCUACAUGAUCGAUCCCCAGAACCACAUCGUCAUGGCUCGGAAUAUCAAGAAAUAUCUGGAUCUGUCGGAGCAGCCUUGCAGCCUCGUGCCAGAUGGUAGCCUCCUCACAAAGGUUCCGAGCUUACUAAAUAAAGCCAAGACCCUAUGCAAGGAGACUAUGGUUAACUGCGGUUACCCAUCACUGGUGCAGGCGCUCGACGAUUUCGUCACCAUCAUCAUAGAGUCCAACAGCCACCUGGCUUCCUUAGAGGUAGACACAACAGUGCCGAAAGACAAGCAGAAAUCUCAAGCAAAGAAUAUAGUCCAGCAAAAGAGGAAGGCUCUCGCUGAUCUCUUUAAGGAUCUGGCCAAAAUCGGUCUCAACUAUCGCACUGGUUUAGUCAUCCUGUUGGCUUCGAAUGACGAUCUCUAUGACUUUACCAUACCGCCCGUCGAUCUAGAUGCAGCCAUGAAUUACUUAAAGAGCAGGCGAUGCGAUGCAACUUUAUCUUUACUCUGGUCCGGCUGCGAAAAAUACUUCCAGAGGAAUAUUGCGCGCCAUAGAUUGCUUUCCGCGUCUUUGCUUUCGCCACACGCAGAUCUUAGCAUGCAGAACAUCGAGAGAUGUAAAGGGUUCGCUGCUCAAUUGCUGGUAGCAGUACAUAGAGUGUCGUGCAAAAUGCUGUCAGUACUAUUAAAGAUUUUCUCUGAGCUCGCUACUAAGGGAUUCUGCAAGCCAUCGGACUUAGACAUGGAAGAUGGCGAUGGUGGUGAGGGCCCUGGCAAAUUAUCCAGCGGUAUGGGACUUGGGGAGGGUCAAGGUCAAAAGGAUGUCUCAGAGAGGAUUGAGAAUCAGGAUCAAUUGGAUGAUGCACAAAGACCUGGCGAAGAGAAAAAAGAAGAAGACAAAGAUUGCAAGGAAGAAGAGAAGGGAAUCGACAUGACUGACGACUUUGAUUCUCAUUUACAAGAUGUGGAACAAAAGGAAGGAGAUGACUCCGAUAAAGAAGAUAAUGAGGAAGAUGCUGACAAACAAAUGGGCGAUACCGAUAACGCAGCUGAAAAAUUGGAUCAACAGAUCUGGGGUUCUGAAGAAGAGGAGGAUCUUGAUGAAGAACAGGACAAAAAGAAGGACAAGGAAGAAGAAGGACAGGGAGAGAGUACCGGGGAGAAAGAAAUGGCUGCCAAGGAGAAAGAACAAGGGACUGAUGACGGUUCGGAUGGAAAGGAUAAGAAAGAGAAGAAGGAUAUCAACGAGAUGGAGGAACCUGAGAUUAAUGACGACCACAUUGAUCCAUAUCAUGGUAAUGAACAACAGCUGCCCGAACCAGAAGAUUUUGAACUACCAGAUAAUAUGGACGUUGAUGGGGAGGAUGGUGACGAGAAGGAUGAAGGUGAAACAGAAACCGAAAAUCCUUUCGAUAUAGAUGUCAUGAAGGAGAAAAUAGAAGAAGAAGAAGACGAUAAGAAGAACGAUGAAGAAGAGAAAGGAAACAAGAAUGGUCUUGAAGUAUCUAGUGACGAAGAUGAAGGCGAUAACGACAAACCAGAUGAGUCGCAGGAGAAAGAUGUUGACGAUAGACAAGAAAAGGAAGAGUGCGAACAGGACGAUGAGAAGAAAGACGAAGAAGUCCCCGACGAAGAUACCGCUGCUGAAGAUCCUCAAGACAACGUGGAAGAGAAUCCUGAAUUGCCAGAGGAUAAAGAUAACCCCGAAAGCGAAAUUCCAAAAAAUCCAGACGACAUAAACGAAGACGACAACGUUGAACAGAAAGAACAUGAAGCAAACCCUCAAGCUAACCCGUCCAGUGAUGAUCCGUCGAUGGGAGAGAGGGCUGAGAAUGCAGAAAUGGACCGCGGUGCCAAUGAUAAUGUCGAUACUAAUGCCGAGCAAGCUAAAGAUGAGGAAGCUGCACCAUAUGAACAAGCCCAGGAACAAGUCGGCGAAGACAAGCAGUCGACUGGGCGUUCAGAAUUAGACAAGAGCGAUAAAGGGCACCGUGGUGAGAAACAAGCCGCCAGAGCAGACACUUCGCAGGACUCACAGAAGCGGCAUGAAAACAAGCCCGGAAAAACUGACCACGAGAGGACCCUAGGAGAGGUAAAAGAGCAGAAACAGAAACGGGCGCGGACUCUAAACGUGGAGAGGGAAGAGGAGAAUGCAGAAGAUGGCGGCGAAGCGGAAAAUGACGCGGAAAAAGAUGCGGAUGCCUUCCAGCAUGUUAAACAAGCGAAGAAAGAUGAUCUGCAGGCGAUAGAUGCGGCCACCAAAGAACAGGCCGAACAACAACCUACGUUACAACAGGACGAUGAAAAAGGCGAAGAAAUGAAAGAGAAUGAAGAAAUACCCAUGGAAGUUGAUGAAGAUGACAUACAGAUAGAAAAGUCCGAGGAAAUUAAACCGGAGAAAGUGAAAGACGGCAAAGAUAGAGAUCAAGAUAAAACUGGUAAUGCCAAUGAGGGCGGCGAAGAAACGACAGGCGAAGCGGGAAUCGAAGUGGACGGUGAUACCGUACUUACAACUAACGUGCCACGCGGACGCGAAACAACGUAUCAUACGAAGAUCGAAGAGUACCAGCACCAGCAGCAGCAGCCGGCGGAGGACAUCACUAUGGAGCAGUACAUGAGCAUUCGCGAGUACCUGAGCGCGGGGCGUUCCGGCGCGGGCAGCGCCGUAGAGGCGUGGCGGGCCGCGUGGCGGGACAGCGAGCCGGCCGCGCGCGCCCUCUGCGAGCGACUGCGCCUCGUGCUGGAGCCGACGGGCCGAUCUCGACGUGCCGGCGACUUCCGCACCGGGCGCGCGAUCAACAUGCGCCGCGUGAUCCCCUACAUCGCGUCGCAGUUCCGCAAGGACCGCAUCUGGCUGCGGCGCACGAGGCCGGCGAAGCGCGACUACAAGAUCGCGAUCGCGGUCGACGACUCCAGCUCCAUGUGCGACAACAGGAGCAAGGAGCUCGCCUUCGAGAGUCUGGCACUGGUGUCGCAGGCGCUGAACCUGUUGGAGUCCGGCGACCUGGCCGUGCUGAGCUUCGGUGAGCAACCCGACCUGUUGCAUCCGUUCACGGAACAGUUCUCCGAGCACUCUGGCGCCAAGAUCCUCGACCGGCUGCGCUUUGACCAGACGAAGACGAAGAUCGCCCAACUCCUCGACUUCUGCACGGUGCUGUUCGACCAGCAGCCAGUGAGGAGCGACGCGGUCAACGCUAAACUGCUGGUUAUUGUCAGCGAUGGCAGAGGCAUCUUCACGGAGGGCGAGACUCGGGUGGUGCAAGCAGUGCGCAGAGCGAGACAGCAGGGCAUAUUCUGCGUCUACGUCAUUAUAGAUAAUCCCGACAAUAAGGAUUCUAUAAUGGACAUUAGAAGACCAGUGAUUGAUCCAGUAACAAACUCCUUGACGGGCUUCAUAUCAUACUUGGACGCCUUCCCGUUCCCCUUUUAUUUGAUAUUGAGGGACAUGUCUGCUUUGCCCAAUGUGUUGGGUGACGCGCUGAGACAGUGGUUUGAGCUGGCAACGAAUGUGUCAAGC